UCUCUCUCGGCUUUUGUUUUCUCAAAAUAAGGCUGGACAACAUAGAACAAGAACACAACAGUGAACAACUAAACAUGCACCCCACGUUCACAACAGCAAGAUCCUCCAGAAUUAGAAAUCACCCAAAAUUCCCACCGAAAAGAGAGAGAGAGAGAGAAAACAAACAACAUCAACUCACUGGAUUCUAUUGACAUUCUCUCUCUCUCUCUCUGUCACACUUUGGAGUUGGCUUCUUCCCUUUUUUUCCUCUCUCGCUCUCGUUGCCCAGCAGCUAACUCAAACCAGACAUAUCAAUCAUGUCUCUCCCUCCUCCUUGCUGAAGUUUUGACGAUAUUGGGUCGGGGUCGGUUCUAUUCGGUACCCGAUUACAUAUGCUCUUUCGCCUGUGUUGCCGGCUCAUUGGAUCGGUAUCCUCUGUUGGUGACCAAUGAUGGUGCGGGCCCUGGAACAAGAGCAGGAGGACUACAAGUCUAGGCUCUUCCAUUUCCAGGGUAUGCAUGACAACUCGGGGCGUCAUGUCAAAAGCUUGAGUGUCGACCAGAGCAUGUCAAAUGGAGAGCUCUCGGGCAAUGACGGGAUAAUGUCGAGAAGCUAUGGAGCGAAGCCUCAAAAUGAGAACCUGAUGGAGCAACAACAGAUUGCCCGUGAAGAAGCUAAAGAUAAGCAACCUUCAGACACGGAAUUGAUGAAAGAAAGGUUCGCGAAGCUGCUUUUGGGUGAGGAUAUGUCUGGUGGAGGAAAAGGCGUUUCCUCGGCCUUGGCCUUAUCGAAUGCCAUCACAAAUCUGGCCGCUUCUGCAUUUGGCGAGCAGAAACGGCUAGAGCCCAUGGCCCCGGAAACAAGAGCGAGGUGGAAAAAGGAAAUCGACUGGCUCUUAUCUGUGACAGAUCACAUUGUUGAAUUCGUUCCUUCUCAACAGAAAACCAACGGGGUGAACAUGGAGAUUAUGACAACGAAGCAACGCACCGAUCUCCACAUGAACAUCCCUGCUUUGCGAAAGCUAGAUGCCAUGCUCAUCGAUUGUUUGGACAACUUCAAAGACCAAAGUGAAUUUUACUAUGUAAACAAGGAUGACAAGGACUCAGGGAAAGGAGGUUCGAAGAGAAAAGAUGACAAGUGGUGGUUGCCCACAGUAAAAGUGCCGCCUAACGGUCUCUCGGAAAUGUCAAGGAAAUGGCUCCAGUUCCAAAAAGAUUCUGUCAACCAAGUCCUGAAAGCAGCUAUGGCGAUAAAUGCGCAAGUCUUAUCAGAAAUGGAGAUACCCGAAAAUUACAUUGAAUCUCUACCUAAGAAUGGAAGAGCAAGCCUUGGAGACUCCCUCUACAAGAACAUAACAGACGAAUACUUCGAUCCCGAUCAAUUCCUCUGUGCGGUGGACAUGUCAUCUGAACACAAAAUCCUAGACCUCAAGAACAAGAUUGAGGCCUCGAUUGUAAUAUGGAAGAGGAAGAUGAACAAUAAGGACAGUAAAUCAUCUUGGGGAUCGGCUGUGAGCAUGGAGAAGAGGGAGCUUUUUGAAGAGAGAGCGGAGACAAUUUUGCUCCUCCUUAAGCAACGGUUUCCAGGAAUUUCUCAAUCAUCAUUGGACAUUAGCAAAAUUCAAUACAACCGGGAUGUUGGACAGGCUAUCCUAGAGAGCUACUCAAGGAUACUAGAAAGCCUGGCCUUCACAGUGUUGUCCAGAAUCGAAGAUGUCCUCCAUGCCGAUUAUGUCGUGCAGAAUCCAUCGCAAGCAUCACAAAAAAGAAACCCUCUAAUAGAUUGUCCAUCACUGACAGGGACACAGAAGUUCAACGCUCGAGAGGAGAUAGAGAAGCUAAAUUUAUCAGAAGCACCUGGUUCGAUGACAUUAUCGGACUUCAUGGGGUGGAACAUGGAUCAACAAGAACCCGAGGAAAAGAAAGACAGAGCUGCUGAGGAUUUGCUUAAAGACAGUGACGGGAAGCACAUGGAUAAGCUCACCAAUUUAACCACCACCACCAAGAGGGUUUCAUAUCUCGAGAACUUGGGCGGUGUAAGAAGCCCCACAUCACGCCAUUAGUGCUAGUUUCGUAGAGGAGGAAAGGUUAGGAAGGAUGGUAAGCAAAAGAGAAGAUUUAUGGGAGGAAAAUUCAAAGCUUCAAGGAACAGAGAUCUCAAUCGAAGAUACAAGGACAUGCAUGAAGGCCCUCAUGCAUUGUAUUUGGCUAAUGCUACUCUUUUCCUUCUGUAAUCUAGGAGGAGUAAGAGGAUGAAGAAAGCUAAUAAACCGAGCGUCUUGUAAAUGCUAACUUCAGUGCAAGCAGAGCUUUGGUGCUGCCAAUCUUUCCUUAUCAUUUGU